UGGCUCGGGUACAGUGCGCGAAGGAAAUAGGGUCACACACCGAGACGAUGCAUCCGGCUCGGUGUCAGAGCAUUCGCUUCAUGCGAAGCUCCGUGCUAACGGUGUUCCUGAGCUUCGUCUCUCUCUGCCUGUGCAUGUUUGCUCUGAUCUUCCCAGCAUGGUCGCAGCAAACAUAUUCCCCGUCCAAGGAUGCCGCGGCCCCGACAACGUUCCAAGGCUUUGGCCUCUUUGCGUUCUACUCGACCAACACACUCAAUGCCCCGUUCUACGCGUCCAUUACGACUCUGUUCUUCGCCGACUUCUGCGAGCGAUUUGCGGCCAACAAACCAUCUCCAAACUGGAUGCUUGGACACGGUCCUGCGUUUAACGACGCUCUCUGCGACACCGCAGUCAUUGCCACUCAAUGCGUCAUGUAUUCCGCCGCCGGCUUUGCAGUCCUGGCCCUUGUGGCAGCCGUUGUAGCAUGCUUCAUCCCCGUUGCGGGCGCGGCCGAGCGAACUGUGUCCAUCAGCACCUUCAUGUCUUCGCUGUGCAUGCUGGCCGUGCUCGUGCUGUGGAGUGUAUCGUUCCAGCAAAAGCUUCUCAAUAUCGACGUGAUUCAAACUGCGUACAGUCAAUGCCAAUCCCUACAAGGAUCGAGUGCAUCGUGGAGUUGCUGGUUUUACGGGUACAGUUUCUGGGUAGCCAUCGCUGCCGUUUUGUGCUUGCUGGUCACGACGUAUGCCAGUGCCGCCGGUCGUGCAGCCAAGCUCCGUCAAAACCGCAAGGCAUACGAUCACCACUUGGUCAUUGCCCUGCAAGAGUCUGCAGCUUUGGCAGAAGCGAACCACUCCACACUGAACAACGACACUCGCCUCCAGCCCCUUUUGACCACACGCACGGCAGGCGAUCUGGUUGAUCGGGAACUGGCGCUGGCAUUGCAGCAAUCCAAAGAAGCCCACGAACUGCAACAAGCCAUCGACCUGAGUUUGCUUCAGCAGCAACUGGACCUUCAAAUGGAGCAGCAGUGGGCGAUACAGCAACAACGACCAUCCUUCGAGCAACGCCGCUUGGGCACGCAGCAACGCUUGGACUUGUAAAGGAGGAAUAUUUUGGUAAAAAAUCAUACAUUAUUCGUGAAUAUAUA